AUGGGUAAAAAAAAGCAUUUGCCAAAAGCAAAAGCAGUAAAAUGGGUGCUAAAAUAUCUAAGAACUACUAAUAGUAAAGAUAAAAGUGAGAUAGAAAAUAAAUUAUUUAAAAGCAGAAGAAGUAGAUCAGUUAGUAAGAGAAAAGGUAGAUUAGAUAGUAGAAGUAGUAGUAGAUCAGUUAGUAGUAGAAACACUAGCAGGUCUAGUAGCAGUAGCAGCAGUUCAAGUGAAGAUGUACCAAAAGUAUUGAUAGAUAAACAGAG